AUGACGAGCAGCUCAGUCGCAUCACUCAGUAGCAAGAGCGCAAGCCACAAAGAAUCUUACGCCGAAUUUCAUGGACUUGGGUCUCCGAUAGGCAAGCGCAACGAGCUAGGACAGCCUGGCGACAUAUAUAUCGACAUCAAGCCUGGAUCAACCAUGCUGUACGCCAAAGUGUCGCGGUUCGAGUGGAAGAAGUGGCCCGGUCCUCUGGUUCGUAUAGGGUGUUUGAGGCAUCCAAGGUCCGGGAACUACAUCCUUUGGUGUAGUGCAGGUGUUGGUGCUGAAGUUGGAUGGUUUCCCCAGACGGCGAUUAAACUCAAUUUCGAAGGCACCCAUGAAGAAAACGUUGCACGCGUUCUUCAAGAUCGAGCCGCUCGAAACCGCCAGCCAGACCCCGCGAAGAAAGCAAAGCGGAAAAAAACGACUCAGGGCACAUCCCCGACUGCUAGACGACCCUCAAAGAAGCAGAAGAUCUCCAACUCUACCGAGCAUGAUGCCACACCCCAAUUUCCGCAGCCUUCCACCAAGUCUCAAUUUAACCUUUCGUCGGAACAACCAACCCCUCUCUCAAAUCCUUUGACCGAUUUACGACCUAUCUCGCAUCAUGGUAGCAUCCAACGGCUGCAGGAGCAAACCUCUCUUUCAGAUGGGUCUGCAGGGCACGAGGGUGAUGGGCCACAGAGAUCGUUGCCCAAUCGUGAUCCCAACGGCUUGCAAUCGCUACACGGAGUACUGACAUCAACUUUGGGUCCUGCCGAUACAAUUGCACAACGCGUGUCGCCACCAUUGGUUCGGGAUCGUCUACUUCCAGAAGAGGUGCAGGUACCCUCAUCCAUGACUUCGUCCCACUCGACUGCACAUGUGAAUCGUCGUUGUGGCGCACUAAGCGGCCCAUCUUCCGAUGAAAAUCCUCCAAGUGUAUUGAAGACUUUCGGCCCUGUGGACAUCAAUAUGGGUCAACAAUCGUCACCGUCGAUUUCCAACGGCAUGCCUUUAGAAAGCCUGCCUAAUACGUGUUCCCCCCAAUGUGUUAUACAUGCGCACCGGGAGAGUGGCGAAUUAAUUGACGCGCCAUCCGACAAAAACGCUCUUGAAAAUCUUCCAAUUGCAAUAAUAAUUGGCGAUGCUCCUGAAGACGAAACCAGUCGCAGCAAUGCUGGUGUCAGCGACGUGGGUGCCAAGUUGUCCGAGGACAAUGGAUUACCAGUCGAGAGAGCGAGCGAGCUCCAACUCGAAGUUUUAGGAGCGCAGCUGGAGGUCGCUUGUCCCGUCGGCCCGCCAUCCCUGAGUAUCAGUUUUGAGACGCAUUGCAUCGACGCUACAGCCCCUGUCUCUCAGACAUAUACCCCCGAUUCGAUUUCACCUUCAAUUUCACCGGGCUCUCGUCCUCCUGAGAACGCUCUAACUCUCGUUGAACCGCCACCUCAAGCACUACACCCGACGGUAACUAUUCAGGACACACGUCUUGCGCAUCAGGAUCAGGGCGGCGUCGCUCGCAAUGGCAGUACCGGAGAAACCCCCUGCGCCCCAAGCCUAAGCGCCAGAGUUACCGUAUGGUCACCGACGGCGGAAAUCAUGGAGCCGGAGCGCACGGUUCAGGUAGCAGGUGUAGCAUAUGGCCCUGGGCGCCAUGUCCCCGAUGCGGAUGCUACAGCUGGGUGCAUAGCCGCCGCCUCCGGUGCUGAGACGAUCCGUAUGGAUGCGCACAUCAAGGAGGGAGUGAAUGUGAAAGAGGAGCCCGAAGACACUGAUACACAUGCUUCCGUUGAUGCACACAACGAGCGCGCUGUCCCACUGGGACGUCAAUUGAUUUUUCCCUCGGGUGUUAUAGUGAAGACCGACGUCGAAGUUCCAGAACAGAAUACGUCGCUGUCGCUGGCCGGUGAUAAUGCGAGUGCUUGA